UUUCGUUUAAUUUAAAAUGAUCGGUUUUAAUGAAACUAUACGUAAAUCCUAUAAACUCUUGCAAAUAUUAAAAACUCAAGAAAAUUUAUAGUAUUUAGGAAAAACGGUUUUAUAUAUUUUAUUAGUUUUGCAUCGAACGUUCUUUUUUUAUGUCGCGCGGUCUAGGGGACCUCAUGAUCCUGUUAGAGGCCGAUACAGAAAGUGCAAUCGCGUUAUACUACAGGAUGUAUUGCGCUGUGGUAUUACCUUUCUCCAUUUUUUAUCUUUCUUUUCCGGAAGAUUUGAACAGUUCGUUUUAUUUGUUGCACAUCGUCAUUUGUUUGUCACUCGUUUCUGCGGUUCGUCGCUCUGACUGAACCGCAGCAAGCAUGAAAUGAAAUGAAAUGAAGAAAACACAGCUAUCUCCGCGAGAAGAGCAAACCGCUCUCGGUCGUCUUUAUCUUUUUCUCUCUUUUUCUUUGUCUCCGGGAGCAGUCUUUAUCGAGAAUCGCCGGUCUCGCGGCAUCUCCCCGAAACUCCGAUACUCCGUUCGCGAUCGGUACCGCGUGUACACGCAACGGCAAACGGCGACGCGCGCGUCGUACCGCGCCGGACCGAGCAGUUUCGAAAUCGCGCGCGCUACCAAAAGUGCGAGCGUGCGAGAGAGCAACCGAACGAGCGAGCGAACCGGAGGAACGGUAGUGGGACGGAGACGCACCUGCGUACCGCGACGCGCAGCUGCGACCUUCGUCGCCCUUGUGGCCGCCAACGUCCGUCCCGGCGCACGAGAGACGUCGCCGUCAUUUUUACACGAGACGCACGUCCACGUAGAGGCAAGUCCACGGCUGCUCCGUCGACGUCGCCGUCGGACGGUCUCGCGUCUCCUUCAUCCGCGAAGGUCGCGUCCGCGAACUUGAGGACCGGAAGUGAAGAGUUCCGUCGGGCGCACCGUGCGUCGUCCGUGCGAGCGCGAGUAUACGAUUCCGCUUCUUCACUCUUCUGCUGAAGAAAAAUCAAAAGGCGGAAGGACGCCUCUUGGGGGGUCGGUGAGUUGUAUAUCGUUGUAAUUCUUUUUUAGGGUUCUUUUUUAGGUAGUAACUAUUUGAAUGUUGCAUACUUGAAAAAUGUGCAUUAAAAUGAAGAAGAAACGUAAAGUGUGAUCGAAGUUACAUGUAAAAUUAUAAAUGUGUGAAAAAUUAAUCAUCGCAUAUUAUUACGUUGUUAUGUAUUACAUCAUGCAAGAAAUGUUUGCGCAUAUUUGCAAUAAUUGUGUUUCAGAGAAUAACGGUAGUUUUUAUAUAGCUUUCUGAUUUCACACAAUAUUUUUAAAAUGGCAUGUAAUAUUUUUAAUUACCCGUACGUGUACAUUUGCGAUAAUCCGUUUGGAAAUGACCUCCGAUAUAUGCCGAGAGAGUAUCGAUAUCGUACUUUCAAUAUUUUUUCUUGGACAAUCACUCAACCGUAUGACAGAUAUCAGCAAAGAACGAUACCUAUUGUCGAGUCGUGAUAUACUUGUACGUUUCUGAGAAUCACUUAUGGACGAUUUAAAUCACUUUAUUAACAUAAACUUUUGACAAUCUAUUUAAACCAGUACAACAUUUAUUUUUCAUUUCUCUGCAAUAUUGCUUCAAUCUUGCUGAUGCAACAUAAUUAACAGAAACUUAAUGAAACAUUAACUGGGCGUGCGCGGUGAACCCCCUUCCCCUUCGUAUUCGUGUACGAUUGCCGCGCGGGAAUAACAAGGACCGCACGGGGGAAGAAAAAUCGCGUCGGAACUGCAGGGGAAAGGAAAAUGCGAGCGAGUGCGACACUCUCUUAAUUAAUGGAGAAAACGGAGCGAGAGCCGGGCACCGAGAGAGUUCACCGAUUAGACAAGUUAUCGCAAACGAACUGGCGGCCUGACGAGCCGAUCGGCCAAUCGCACUCGUCCCGUUCGUCGCGAGAUGAGUCGCCGCCGCCGCUGUCGCGAAAAACAUUUGACAGAGAUCCGCUGAGACCUUCGGCGUGUAUCUCGCGGUAGAUUGCAAUUGCUGCUCCCAGCCUCUCUACCAGCGGACGAAAAUAAAUCGCGAUACACGCACACUCGGCACGAGCAGGUUGCGAGCGGUCUUGCGUGGUCGAUGAUCCACCUCGCGCGCGCGUCGACGGAAGCGCGAACUCGCGCCAAAUUUGCGCGAUUUCCACUCCAAUUCGUUUGAAAAUCUUAUUUGAUCUCCCUCGCUUUGAUUUAAUCGUUAUUGCGGCAAACUGGCCUGGAAGAGGAAGUUAUUGUUCAACUCGCAAACGUGCGGAUGAAAUAGAAUGUACUCCAUUAUACACAUAUAAGCGCAAUCAUGUGGCGUCAUUACGUUAAGUGCGAGGGUGCGGGUGCGAAUAAUCGAACAUGCACGCAGAUCGAAAGGAAGAUCUGCACGCGAGCAAUUGUAAGAUAGUCGGAAUGUGCACACGAGCGUACAUCGCUAUUAUUCUGCUAAGAGGUAAAAGAAAAUAUCUUUACGCCGACGGCCCUGCCUGUCCUUGUUUCGUGCAUAUUUUUCUCUUUACGAUCGGAGCACGCACGAAACGUAUGUACAGCUCGUGCAAGAGUCGUAAAUUUUUAGAGCCGUUGGACUUCGCUGAAAACUGACGGUAAAUUAGUUUCACUUGCUUCUCUGGUCUCUCUUCCUAGUUGUAUUUACCGUGAUAUCGGAAUACAUUUAUAAAGUAUUUACAGUGUUUUUCGUACACCGCUAGUUGUCGAAUGCUUCUGUCUUAUCUUGUCUCAUAAGAAUAAAUUUCUCGUCUUUUUCUCCGGAACACGCAAAUUAGAUGCUAGAAGUAAAAAUGCAAAUUCCGCGCUAAAGAUGUCACGCUUUACAUUGCAAAUGUUUACGUUGUUGAGCACUUUUAAUUAUCAAUGUAUGCAUGCGUGCAACAAGUGUGUGUUCGAAUUUUUAGAUAAUAUUCGUGCGUGACGGUAAUUCGUACGCGGAAAACACGAACUUUUGCAACACUUUGUUAUUUUCUAAAUUAAAACAGUCACGAGAAAGCGUCCUUCCGUCAUCCAUAUUGAAAUCAACGCCACGCGAGUACCGUAUAAAGGAAAAAAAGAACAAAGUCGAAGUUUUCUUCCGACUUGCCGAUCUUAUCAUUCAUUGGAUUCAUUGGAUGCUAAGCGCGUUUUCAUUAUGUGUUAAUGAAUCGGGCUGGAGCCGAUUGGGCUCUGCAAAUCAACCGUGACGAGUCCGCCCUCGCUCGGCACGAUUCCCGUUAAUUUACCUCCGUAAUGACUUUGUGAUUAUUUCACACGCUACGUUAAUGAUGCGUCGCGUCUCAUGUCAGGCUGAUAAGGGAUUUGCCGUUAUCUCCCAGAACGACGGCGCGAUCUGCACGAGUGGGCGUUGAAGAUCGCCACGGGAAUGCUUCCAUACACCUUUCCAUCCCCUGUCGCUGUGUAAAAAAAAGAAUGAACAAGUUUUAGUCUUUGAUCUUUGCGGCCCAGUCGCUGAAGUGGAUUCGCUUUUGACCUUUGACCUUCCCCCGGCUUCCCUUUCUUUUUUGCUGUUCUGCCUAGUGUUCACCUGCGCGCGUUGUUCAUGUGCACAUUUCUAGCCGCUCGGAGAAAGAGCGCGAAUCACGACCGCGGCCGCGCGCCGAUCGAACGUCAUGUCGCCCCGAUCCGAGCGAUCGGCCGAUUUAAUCGCGCGCAGACGUUCGCCAGACCGUGUAGAUCGGCGACGAGAUCCGAUCGAUAAAGGUCGCGGCCCGCCGCCGUUUCUACCGCAUUAUCGGCUGUCACUCGCCGAUCGCAAAUCGAAAACUCGUAGAACCGAUGUUACAAACGCGGUUUUUUUUGCAGGAAACGCGCGGCAGAAUCGAAAAGCUCUCGUGCGCGUGAAUUGUCAUUUUUCAUUUCGGAAACUAUGAGAUCGGUUUCGAGAAAAAUUGAUAUCGACAGAAAGAUGAACGUUACCUUUGCGCUUCUGGAUUGGGUGAUCGCGUGAAGGUCAGCGAAGGUCACCUUGACGAGCGUGGCGGUCGAUCCGACUCUGCCGGGUCUGCCGAAUAGAUUUUCCUCGAAUGUGCGCCUGCGGCGUUGCUCGUUUCAUAUAGCUCCUCGUGCGGAGAAGCUUUCUCGUGCUUCUCCGCGAGAUACUUGGAAAGGUCAUCGUCAAGAGGUCAUUCGCCUCGGCGUAAAUCCGUUUGGCGUUUUAUAGAUUUUGUCUCUCCCUCGUGCAACUCUUAUAAGAAGAAAAUGGCGGAUUGGUCGAGUGAACUGUCGGAGCCUUUGCUCCUUUAAUUCUCGAUAUCGAGCCACGUAAUUACAACGGCCGUCGUAAUUAAAUUGGGCGCCGUAACAAAUGGCGUCCACGAUUGUAUUCGUGAAAUACUCACCUAUGACACUCGUCGAUUAUCGGAACGUUAAUUACACACGUGAUUCAUUGGCACAGCGAGGUGCAAAAAUGCGAUUUCUAUUACAUGACUGCCGACAAUUAGUUUUACCGUCGCGAACGAAAGGUGGCUUAAUGAUUUACGAUCAGCUUAAUACGGUUUCACCAGGCGUUUCCACUUCGUUAUCCGUUCUGUGCACAGGCGCGAGUUAAAUCUCGUACGCGUCAAUAUUCUCCGUGAAAUAUCACUCCAAUACACGCGAUUUUGAAAAGAAUAAGUAUAACUCUCUUUCUCUCUUCCUCUUAUAAAUUAUAAUUAUAAUUAAAUUGCAGAGCGAGCAUUUUUGGCACUUUUCACUGAAAAUUUCAGUCUCAAAAAGUGACAAGAAGCUCUUCCGCAAAGAACGCUCAAAGAAAGCCGAAGUGAUUCCAUUAAGUAUUCAGGCUUCAUUGAACGACCGUAGCAAGGAAAAAGCGACGGGCUGCGACGUGUCGCGCGAUCGUGUCGAUCGUGCCGUGAUGGUAGGUAGGUCGGCGUGUUCUUCUGAACGACAGAGUCGAUUAACAAAACCUGGCAGGGAGUGGUUAUAAUGUUACCGAGACAGAAAGAGAAAAAAGAAAAGGAAGUAAGGAGGUGCAGAGGGAAAUGGGAGAAAGAGAGAGAGAGAAAGAACGUCGCUCAAGAUGGAGAAUCGAUUCUGUCUCGCAGUGCAUUAUUGAGCGCAAUAUCCGACCGGAUACGACUGACGUUUCUAAUUUUCGGAAACUAUCGCACGUCCGUAACAAUGACGCUGUCAUUAUUAAUUUCGAUGAUGCAAUUACGUCAUUGCGAGAUGCGAAGAAGGGGAUGCGCUGAAUCACGAAGUGCAUGAAAAGAGGAUACUCUGGUGGCAAUCAUGAUGGCAGAACAAAAAUGCACUCGAGACGCGUCACGCGUCGUAUUUUAAUCCAAGGGAGAAUGUGAGAUGAAGGCGGCAAGAUCUGAAUCACUCCGUCUGAACUCCUCCGUGGCGUAUGUACACCAACCGAUUGAUAAAUAUGCUUCACUUUGAUUAAAAAUUUUAAUUUUUUGAAUGCCCUGAUUUGAUUUAUUAAUUUUCUCUCUCUCUCUUAUUUAGGAAAUAAGAUAAUCAUAUUUAUCUCCAUUGACACUGAUAAUUUGCAAACAUCUCGUACUUGUUUAUCCAUCAAAGAUCGCCGCCCCUUUCACCAACUCGAAGCGCGAGGCCGUCUCUAGUUUUAGACCUCUAGGUUGACGCAGGUCGGAUACUGUUGUUGGAGUUGGAAGAUAGUGACGCGUAGACAUCGCGAUCUGUCAUGAUAGAGAUCGAUAAAAUCGCGCAAAAUAAAAUCGAUCGAGGCGGGGUCCAUUCCGCGCGGCAGGAAGUGCAGCCGCCGCAUAAUUUAAUAAUAUUACGUCGUCCCUCUCUUCAAUCCCUGUUAAUUUACGAUCUCCCAUAUCGCGAGGGGCGUCGGAAAGAAAGAGUGGCACCGAAACGUGCGCGAGUAAUUCUCUUGUAUCGUGUCGUUUUCGUAUGCACCAGAUGUGACCGCGUUAUUUCACUUUGUCCCUUAUUUCUCGAUCGUUUUGCCGAUUUCAGCUUACUUGAGCUCGAGACUUCCGGUCCGAGCGCCGAGAAUUUACUCGACGAUCCUUUGACAUUCGCGAGUGGUUGCAGGAGCGAAACUCGUUUGUCACAGCCCUCGCAAAAAGAUUUGAGAUUCGAAUUUGAUACGACGAAUUCGUGUUUUCAGCGCUCGAAAAAUAUCAGAUUUCUUAUCUGAUACGUGUGUUCGAUAAUUUCUUCCUAUCUUCUUGCGCUCGGCAAGUCUGUCGUGCGCCUACGCGUGCGUAAAUCAUAAAUUAAAGAAUAAUCCACUCCUCGAUCCCCGAAGUUUGAGUUUUAUUUUUACAGCACGGAGGCGAGGAGAGGGGGAGGCGCGCGUGAGAUAAAACCUCUCUGCCCGCAUUUUUCGCAUUAUUCCAAACACUCUCCCCCUUUCUCUCCUUUUUCCGCCGUUCUGUCUCCGUGUGUUUUUUCAAACAAAUUCUUCUUUUUCUUUUCUUGGAUUUUCGAGAAGUGAAAAAUUAAAAAAAACGUGCGCGUCACGGUCACUGUUGAUCGAGCGGCGACACGGUGCGUUGAUGGCUGAACCAAGUGCAGCUUUAUCAGUCGCCUUACAAGCGGUUGCUAUGCGAUCUGGAAGGGGUCCCCGGAGUCACCUACUAGCUCGACCAGCCAGAAGUCAGUGUGCGUAAGCCGGCCGGUCGUGCCGGCUCCUUUUCCGUCUCUUGUACGAGCACGCGCGCGCGCGCGGUCGCGUGCACUCUCAUCUCUCGUCGGCUUUUUCUUCGCGGCUUUGUCACGCUGAAAAAAUAGUUCCUCUUUCUUCUUUUCCUAGAUUGGCCGCCUCGAUCGAUCUGUCGUUCAUCCCUUGCCGCCAGUGUGAAAGAAAUCGAUCGAGCGAUCGAUAACGAGGGAGCCCGGGUAUCCUCGUCGCUCGGAACGGCGAUUUCGUCGUCGUUUCGAAUUGCCGCGCCGAACGCUGAAAUCCGGGGUCCCGUUAAAUCGCCCGCUCGCCCGCUCGCGCGCGCGCGCGCGCGAGCGAGGGGCCCGACGUGAGGACGACGCCCACCGUGGACGCGUGUCGUGGGGCCUGUUCCGGCACUUUGUCGCUCCUCGGUCUUUCCCUCAUUCUCUCUCUCUCUCUUUCUUGAUGGCAGCGGUGGGGGUUGGAAUUUGGGAUACCCGGGCUCCCGUACGGUAGCUAAACGCUCAAUUUCAAUUCUGCGCGGUAUUCGGCACCCCGACGAUCCACCAGGAAGCGUGGAAGCGGACGUGCGACGGAGAUUUCUUUUCCACUUCGCCCUCCCCCUAUCUGCAACGUGAUCCACGCGCAAAAAACAGAUUUAUUGUCGAUUCACGCUGUGUUCGCUCUAUUUAUCUCGUCAGUGCGUCCGUCGUCGUUCAUCGUUUGUGACGUCGUCGCCGUCGUGGAUGUCAUGAAUGCCGCGAGUCCUCGUGCGUGCCGCGAACUCGCGAAUCACGAAGAGCGCGCGGACACGGAUCGCUCUCUGGUUCACGCGUGACGGCAGAUUUGAGCGGUUACAAUCGGGUGAUGUUUCUCGAUGUUCCACUGGCCACUGUCACGGACCUGACGACGGAACCUGGGGUUCGCCGACGACGACGCCCGCGUGCUCCACGCGCGAAAGCCUCUCGAGGACCUUGAGGACCGGUCGAUCGGCACGCGACACUCGUCUCGAUCUCGCGGGAACCAGCGAUCGUCAUGACGCAGGAAGAGGGAGCCCAGGACGAGUCGAAAACCACGACGGAACAGGCGAACUCGAUGAGCGGCAGCUCGAACAGCGUGUCGACAGGCCGAGGCAGCGACUCGACCUCGCCCUCGUCCUCGCCCCCGGGGGGCAGGCACGCCGAGGAGACAGUGGGUCCCGCCGUCGUCAUCGAGAUGGGUAGCGCGGACUCGGCCGGCAACGCUCGGGGCCCUUCCUGUGGCCUGGUUCGCUCUCUUCUGCCCAGCAACUGUCGCGGUAGCGCGGAGGCGUUCGCCAGGUGCCUUCAUCGACGACUGACGUCCUUAGGGGGUGAGGAUGGCGCGGCCGAACGAGCCGCGGGGACCGCCAUGCCGCGCGAGACCUCGUGGCUGCGUCCGUCAUCGAGUGCGCGUCACAUGACCACCGCCAACAAUCUCAUCGCCGGCGGCACCAAUCACGUGCUGCAGAGUCAGCCGCGUCACAGCCCGGAAUCGGAUCUCUUCUACGACGUUGAGCUGGAACAGGAAGAGGACGAGGAGGAAGAAGAGAUGAUAGAGGACGGCGCGGGGUCACCCGCCGAGGAAGCGACCGCCGCCGAGUUGGCGCGGCUACUGGUGAACUGCCCGGACAUUCUGAAGACGUGUCACCACGACGGCUGUCACUGUUCACCGAGCGGAAGUAGAGCUAAGACCGCUGCCGUCGCGACGGACGCGCAUCACGAUUCCGAGACUAACUGCGUGUUCGUAUCGCCAAUCACUGGCACGCCGCCCGACAGUGACUCCUCGGAGGCAUUCUUCGACCCGGAGUCCUCGGACGCGGACAGACUCAGGUCCGAGCAGUUCUUCGACCCCGUAAGCACAUCCGACAGCUCCGAAAUCACGUCGAAUACCAUCGACGCCUCCGCACGACCCAAGGCCACAAGGUUGAACAGACACGCACGGUCGGAAGGAGAAGUGUCUGGGUACCGAGGUUGCGAGGACGCGUCGUCCGAGUCAAGCUGCUCCUUACCGAGAAGAAACCCCGCGAUUCGCGAGAACGCGAGGAAGCUCCGGAGUGGUGAACAGAUCUGCAGUUCGGAAGAGAAUUCAGAGCUGAACGGCAGGAGUUCUCAGGAGACGACGACGUCGCCCAGCCACGAGUCCCUGUGGAGCACGUUCGACGACAGCACCCUGUCCCUGCAGGACGACAGUCCGUCGAAAAUCAGUCGCGAUUCCGUUGUGCCGCGCAUCCACCUGCCCAAGUCGCAUUCCGACUCCGAAUUACCGAGCAACGGCAUCAUCGCUGCGACGGCAUCCGACAGACUGAACAGGUGGAAUGAGGAUGGCGAAGUGGAAGAGGACGAGCAAAGCGUCGACGAAGUCGAUUUUGUUCGGAGCAAUGGUCCCGUUAAUGUAUCCCGGAUCGUCGAUGAACACGGCGAUCUCGCGAAGAACGACAGAUCUUGCAACCACUCAGAAAACCUGAUUAGCAAGACGGUAAACGAAGAAGAUGGACUGAUUAAAUCGGCAAAUGUGUCGUUGCAUAACUCGUCGCAGUUGAGAGUGGAGGACGCGAUCACCGAUGAUAGCGAUACCGAUCCUUCCGCUUACGACAGCGCGGUCGAUAUUCCAGACGCGCUGGAAUCCUCGAGCGGCUCCACAACGAGCGAAGUGAACAACGUGAAUAAUGACGAGGUGAAGAGUAACGGAACAAUCGAUGAGGCGGCAAAUGACGAGGUAAAGUUGCGUAUCGACGAUGACAACGCGUCAAACAAUAGGGGCGAGGAGAAGAAACUGUGUUUGUUGCUGAAGAAGCUGGGCGGCAAUUCUGCCACCGCGCAGGAGGAGGACACGUCGCCGGAACAGGAGUGCCAGGGCGGAGAAACGGAGGAAGAGGAUCGGCCACAACGAGUGCGCAGGUGUUCCUCACUGAAGACAGGAAAAACGCCGCCCGGCACGCCGCGCAGGAAGAAGAUUGUCAGAUUCGCGGACAAGCUUGGUCUUGACUUGGCUGAUGUGAGGACCUUCCUGGACGAGAUACCGAGAAUACCUAAUUCGGCGUACAACGACCUGAUCUACGAUGAUGCUGCCUUCCGACAGCAGGACAACGGUCCAGAGUGCGCGGGCUCCGCUGACUGGUGUGAACGGCGUUGCAGUUACCAGGAAGACAUGAUCAGACGCAGAUCCGCGUCGUCGUCGUCGUUACCCAGGAAGCUCGACCGAAUGCUGGUACCUCUGUUCCAGCAACCGGGCGGCAUGGCGAACUUCCUGGAUGUGGUGCGCGAGCGGCGUGUUUGCUUGGAGAACGUGCUGGUACAAGAUCCGGUGACACUCGCGAUCCAGGGCACAGUGCGUGUCAUCAACAUUGAUUACCACAAGUCCGUGCACAUACGCUACACCCUAAACGCCUGGCGCAACUACAGUGAUCUGCAGGCAACCUACGUGCCCAACUCGUGCGAUGGUUUCAGCGACAAGUUCACAUUCAUCCUAUACUGUCAUACUCUCGCGGUCGGUCAAAGGCUUGAGUUUGCCGUCAGAUUUCAGUGCAAGGGCGCGCAGUACUGGGACAACAACACCGGCGCCAAUUACUGCUUCCAAUGCUUGCCGGCGUCGUCGCCAACAGGGUACAUACCGAUCACCGCGGACGAGAACCGCCGCAGCAGCUGGUCGCCAACUUUCUAUUGAUGGGCAAUCGAAUGAAUAGCAGAAACAGUAGCAGCACGUCCGGCUGGCCCGGUGACAACGUGACGAUACGACCACGUAAUUCCGGGGAGACACGAAGAGACUGAGACAAGAGGUUGUCCGUCGAAGAGGCUAAAUCAGCGGGAUACUCGGCGGUCUGCUCGACGUUCCUACCAAACCAACAUACUCCGCGAGGUGAAGCGCGACGUCAAAUCUUAACGAUCACAAGAUUAGCGCAGCGCAAUUAGUGAUCUUUGAACAGCUGAUCGUGGAAAAGAAACGAAAUGGCGCUGUGUUCAAGAAACACGCUGCUCGAUUGUAUGCUCGGCUGUAAUGAGAGCAGAUGACGGAUAAUUGUAAUAACCGUGAUUUUGUUAUAGAUCUAUGAUUGAGUUUGAUAAUUAGCUUGGCGUCUUGGAAAUGAAGCGCUGCAAUUUGUCGGUAAAGCGUAAUAUCACGGGACGAAUAAUGCGUAACGACCAACCUCUGCUUCCUAGAGAUAAGUCUUCAAUUAUUGUACAUAGUCUUAUGUUUCUUACUUUGCAAAAUCUAUUUUUCACGAAAGAGUUUUUCGAAUGAUUAAUUGGGAAAAAGAAUUUUGCUCGCAGGCUCUAUAUUCAUGAAUUGGAUGAUAAUCAUAAUUUUUCGAAGCUCUAGAAUUUUUCGUGCGGAAAAGAGUAUUCAGAUUUCGAAUACUGAGUACUCUCAAAUACUGGGUAUUCGAGAGUUGAUGAGUCGGAGCUGACAGGAAACGCUUGAGGAAGCAGAAAACAGACGGUGCAAACGUUCCUACGGGAUGUACUUUGAUGGUGUCUACGUCGUAGUUUAAACAAUUGUCCGUUCGAUCGUUCACGAGCUGAAUGACCGUGAUCUCGCUCGCGUUAUGCAGUACAACGAUGAUAGACGAUAAUGGAACAACGUUGAUAUAAUGAUGUUAGUCUUCGUUAGCGACGUCGCGCGAGUUUAGACUUCAAUGUAGGGGAUAGAUGUUCCAUGAAAUAUUACGCGACACUAUACGUUUACAGAGAAAAGAUAUUUGCACAUUCCGCAUCCCUCUCUUGGAUUAGUCUUACGCGAAGAGAAGAAACACGAGAGAGAUACAAGUAUGUUGCGAUUAUAUUUUUCUCCUUUGUAUAUUUUAUGUACGGGGUUAUUUCAGAGGGGGUAGAGGAGGUGCAGAUACCUUUUUGCCGACAUUCUUUCUUUGAAAUAUACUCGAUAUCGAAUACACCGGAUAAGACUUCCGAAUAAAGCCUUAUUCCAAACUGGUGUCUCUAAAAAUAUAUUAACGUUUCGAUUUGGUAUAAUGGAUAUCGAACAUUCUCGUUGAUAUUAUAUCAAACUGAAACGCUUUAUUCGUGUCUCUUUAAUUUAGCUAUUCUUUAUCAAGCCUAUGUUAUCUACUGUCUUUUGAUUUUUUACGAAAAGAAAAACAAAAGGAUUAAAAAAGUAAUGCAGCAUGCGAAUAACUGAAUGGCACUCGUUUUCGCGCCCGUACAAAUUAGACUUCUUUUAGGCUAAUUUUAUUGCAUUCUUGGAGACACAAAUGUAUGUAAAAAGACACCACUUGAGCGUGUGUAUGCUUUGUACAUAAAUGUUAUAUAUAUAUACAUACGCGUGUACAAGUAGCGUCAGUAUUGGUGGCAGGCAUGUGUGUUCCUCCUUUCCCCUUGAUAAUCAAUCAAUGAAUUUUAUUAAUUAAGUAAUUAAUUUUAGUCCUUCAGCGCAACGCGUUAAUGCAUUAGUUACGUUAGAGCUAAUCGUUUUAAGCUAUUGUUUUACAAUAAAAUCUCUGUACAUAUCACUACUUGUGCGCGUUACGCUGUGCUUUUUACGCAACGUGCGUGCACGCAACGACAGGACGCAUCGCGAAAAUCUUUUACAGUACGAAUCCUAUGGAAACAGAUCUUUUCUAAUUUUAUACUCGAGGAUUGUACGUCACGUCUCUCUUCUCGGAUUCUGCGACCGACUGCACUCAUUUUGUUGCGCGCGCGUAGCUUCUAAUCGUGCUUUCGUCGAACCGCUUGCUACAUUGCGCAUCUCGCAUGCGUUUUCCCGCUUAGUCUAAUAAGCAAAUGGCUGCUUUUUUAAAUUCUGUACCGCAAAAAGGUACAAUGUAAAUAUACGAUGAUUUUUAUCAGUUGUUUUUUAAUUUAUCGCACUCGAUUCAUACGAAAUUGGCAGAUGCCCAGGUACAACAAAGGUUUUCCAUCAAUUAAAUACUCAACUGAUGCGGUUGGUAUUUGAUUGGAAUACUCGAUUGUCUUCCGGUGUAUUCGAUGUUGAGACUGUUUUACAAAUCGUAUUUUUCUCACGAUACCAAUUUAUACUAUGAAUGUUAGAGACCGAAGGACAUUACGUGCAUAUAGCAGUGCAUUAUACCAUUAUCGAGCCAUAUGUACGCACACGAGGCGAAUCAAUAAAUUUCAUUGUUAGAUGUUGUUGCCUGUGAAAUUUCUCGGCAUAUUAUCUCGAUGUAUCCGCAAACUUAGCUGCUUAGAACGGAAACGCGCAGAAAUAUAUACAAGAUAUUAAUAGUUGAUAGAGUGAAGUAAGAUAUUUUGGCACGACACAAAAUGUGCCGUGCGGAUGUUAAUGAUAAUAUAAAGAUGUUAUAUUGUGCGUUGAGAAGUGCUGUUACUUAUGAGCGAUGUGUAUGCUGUUACGGGAGUAAAUUACCGACGAAACGCGAGGACUGAGAUUAUACAAUAUAUGUGCAAGGCACACGCAAGCACACAUGCGCACACACAUACACCCACACGUACAUACACUUUCGAAUACAAACACGAGUCGCGCGUUAGCGAGAAAAGUGAUAGCCUAAGUGAGAAUAUUUUCCUAAAGAUCAUUAUACAAAUGACCAUCCAUCGUUAUAAAGAUGUAAUGAUACCGUGUUAUAGCCGGCUAGCAAUAAUUAAGUAAUCGUAGUCUUAUAUCGAUUUACGGCGACGACUAAAAGAUCAUGUAUAUUUUUCGACCACCGAGCUAACUUUGCCAUAGUUCGUUUCUGCUGCUGUCACAGAGAAGAGAUUGCAGACAAAACAAUCUGCAAAACGAAGCGGAGAAAUGGAGAAAUUUGCAUAUCAAGGAUCAAUCUCGUUAGCACCUUAACCGAGUUCUUUUAUUUUGUUUUUCUUUUUUAAAUUGUUUUACGAGGGAUAAAAAUCGACGGGUAUUGAUGCGUGAGCGAAAAGAUAAUCGUCAUCAUCUUUUCCUUCGUGUCAAUCCAAGAUAUAUAGUACUUCUCGUAGUCGAGAGCAAGCGUUUUUUUCACGACUUGGAAGCAGAAGAGUACGUUGUACAUUCGUACGUGCGACUCCGCUCUUCUUCCUCCAAAUCUCGGGUUGAUGAAUUCGCUGCUCUGUAUCGCAUGUUUUGUAUAUAUUAAAAUAUUCUGCAGAAGCAAACGAUAUGUUCGAUAUGCAUACAAUAGAAUCAUGUUGAUUAAUGCCGUUCUUCCACAAUUGGUUGUUAACGCACGGCCAAUUAUAUAACAAUCUUCAACCAACGACUAUUAAUUUUUAAUUACUAAUUUUUUGACUUGAUACUUCAAACGGCCUACAUUUUAACAUUGAUGAAGGCUUGUGUCGAUCUUUGAAGAGCGAAGCAAACUGUUCUGCUCGUGAGAUUAGAAUCGCUAGAGAGUAGCGAUUCAACGAUCGUGACGCACAUGUGAUCGAGGAGGUGGUUUACAGUACAAUAAAAUAAAUUUUAGCAGCAAAAGCCUAGAGAGAGAGGGAGAGAGAGAAAGAGUGUGUGUGUGUGUGUGUGUGUGUGUGUGUACUCUGGAGAUUGGUGUGUGGCCGAAAUGUUCGUAGAAUUAUUCGCUAAUAUUCGUUCGUACAAUCUCUGUACGCCAUCCUAAUAAUUAUUUCGUAUCUUUACAAAAGACGCUGGUCUCGAACGCGGAAGAAAAUAAUCGGAAGAUCCGGAUGUUUCCGCUGUUACGAAACGAUACGUCGGUACCGUCCAUGCAUCAUCCGUCUCAGCCGUACGUUUCUGAAUCCACUCAUCCGAGUUAAACUGCACUUACGGGAACUGCACUUGCUGAAAAGAUCUGGCUAAUUAUUUGGGUGUUCGGAGAAUUACGUUUCCACGUCCGAGACGAGCGUCGAUUAGCGUUGUAAGUUUGGAUCAUGGUAUAUUUUUCUAUGUAGACGUACGCAGGGGGUAAGUCGAGCCGCGCAAGGCAAGAGUCUUCCGCAACAUGUGACGAACACGUAAGUAUUGUCCGUUCCACGUUGCGUUAGAAGAGACAAGGGUGAGACGUUGAUGAGUGUGGUGUGAUGUAACAGCACGAGUGUGCGAUGCGUUGAUCGACAGCCAAUCCGAUUUUAUAUGUUUGUGACCCAAUACUCGACUCAAUAAAGGCAUACGAUAUCUGCUG